AUGGCGGUAGACGGUUUGUCCAUAACAGAGCAGUGGAUCAGAGAUAAACUAAACCUUCAACACAGUUGUUUAGCGGAUGUUAGGUCAUUGAUCCUACCAGGAACAUAUGAAGGGAAGAUCUGUCAUUUGGGAUCGUCUCUGAAGAAUUUUGUGCGUUUGAAAACAUUGGAUCUUUCUCAUAAUGCACUGAUCACCGUUCAGGGGAUUGAGCAUCUGGAGACGCUAGAGAAACUCAAUCUGUACUACAACAGACUGGCAUCACUACAAGACGUCUUUUCUCUGCACAAGCUGCAGAAUCUGAACGAACUGGACUUGAGAUUGAAUCCUGUAGUUCAGAGACACCCUCACUACCGUCUGUACUUGAUCCACGCUAUGACCAAAGUCCGCAAAAUUGAUGAUUGUCCUGUGCGCGACCGAGAACGAAAGGCGGCUCUCAUGCAUUUCUCGUCAGAGGCAAAUUUGGACCCUAAACAGGACAGACACGUCUUAACACAAGACGCAGCAUGCAGAAGUAGUGAGCAGAGGAUAAAAGCAGUGAAGAGGAUGAUGAAGACGCUCUCGCUUUUAGAGCACAAUGAGGAAGCUGUUCUCAAUGAUGUGUGCCGGAUGAAGCAUCAAACUCUCCCCAUUCGCUCCGAACAUGACGGCAGCCCUCGUCUCUCACUAGAAAAUCCUUCUGACGUCAUGCAUUUACUCAAUGAUUCUGGACGUGAAAGGUCCUCGACACCAAAUCAGGAAUCCGUUCUGAAGAACUCGGAUCUUAAGAAUGGAGUUCCCACUCGACAAGGUGGGCACAAAGUGACUUUUCUCAGUCCGAUUGUUGAAAGCUGUCAUUCGGUGAAUUGCUUGAACCGCGGUACAGUUCGAGGAGAGACUAUGUUUACGCCACACCCGACUGCGUGCGCUGCUUCACAAGAAGACAAUUGUGGAAGCAUCAAACUGCAAAACAGUCCAAAUCCCAUUUUGCAUCCUCCCAGAUUAACCUACAGGAGCAGAGGGACGUCUGAUAGAAGUCCUCCUGCACCAGAGCGAGAACGCAAACCCCGUAAGGGUGCGUACAGGAAACCCAUGGAGUUGCUCCUGAGUAUGAUGGAGGAGUUCUGGUCUGGGAUGAAGGAAAAUCAACAAAACCGAACGUUCCUCAUGAACAUGGUGAAGAUCCUCCGCAUGAUGGAGAAGGAGGUUGUGGAUGGAGAAGAGGAGAUCCAGAGUCUUAAAGGAACAGUCAAAGCUCUGAACGCUCGAUCCAAACUACAGAAGAAACAACAUCGAUCUGAGAUUGAAGAAAUUCAACUUCAGCUUCGACAGGCACAAGAGUCCAUAGAAGCUCUUAAUGAGCAGUUAAAGACUGUGUUGGAGGAAAACGUGUCUUUACAGAAACAGCUGAUCAGAGCUGAAAAGAGUCUUCUCUCCUCUCGACUGAAGAACAUGACGAACACAGAGGACAGAGCAGCGCUGUCUGACCCGGAGGAGUUGAACAGGAAGAGACAGACCGGCCACGACGCGAACGAGAGCGCACACGAGCAGCGAGAACACUACAAGUCUUUAAUUGCCAGAAAUGAACGUUUGCUGCAGCAGCUGGAAGCGGAUCUGAUGAGCUGAGAGAAGAUCGCGUUCAUCUUUUCAUGUAAAUUGGCUGUUGAACGUUUCUGCCAGUAUUGCAGAGAGGAUACAAAAAGCUCGACCCAAUAGCGGGGCAUGUUGUCACAAUGGUAACUUUCCAUUGCUUUGGCUAACACAUACUGUUAAUUAAUUACAACAUAUUAAAAUCUCAAAUCUAGCUUUAUUAUAUACGUAGCUGACUCUUGUCUACCCAGUUGCUAUUACAAAAAUAUUGGAUGUUUUAUUUGGAGGAUAGAUUGCAGAAAUAUAUAUCCAGGGCGUGCUGAGUGAAUCUCGUUUAGAAAAUGAGCAUCUGACUCAAAAUCUUAAAAUGAAGUUGACAACUUGCCCCAGUCUUCAUUUGAUGUAGUGAAAAGGAAAUAAUGCAAAACCAGGUCGUUUUUUUAUUUUUUAUUCAAUACAAUGCUACAAAACACUGACACGUUAAAAUCGUUUUUAUCAUCACCAUAAAACAUGCAUAUCAGGAUACUGUAGAACAUUGAAAAAUAUUAUUUAAAAACAUUAGACAGCAUUUGUUCCUCAAUACAGAUGGUUAACAACAGUAUUUGGCAUUAAGCACACAAAACAUUAAAUACGACAGCAAAUGUACUUUGUGGUUUAUUGUCAUAAAUAAAAGUCACUUUCUACAGACGAGCAUGUAUGAUAGGAACCACAAGCCACUGUUCAUAUCUGAAAAAUAGAUGUUUUGUAGAAGAAUAUGUCUGUACACUAUUCACUCGUCCCUUUAAACCCUCAGAUGCAUUCGUGUUUUCCUCCAUAGAAGUGGACCAUUUAAUCCAUUACAAAGUUCAGGGUUCCCAAACACGCCUUGAAAACACGGACAUUUGAGGGAAAUUUCAAAUGGUGAUUUCCAGGCCUGGAAAAGCGUAUAAAUACUGUAACGCUUGACAUUAACAUGGCAUAAGUUAACGUUAGAUUACUGCGAACACAAUCACAAAUGCGUCUGAUUCAUUCGCCAAUGUGUGAAAUUGUGGUGUUUUAAAAAUCGUUAUCUGGUCUUCACAAGCAACUAGAAAGUUCAUGGAAAAGUUGGCAACACUUUACAAUAAGGUUGUAUAUGUUAUGUAAUGGCUAAUGUACAGUGCGUCGGUUGUCAUCGCAAAAAUAAGUCCUCGUGGUGGCAUAGUGACUCAAUCCGGUGGCGGAGGACGAAUCUCAGUUGCCUCCACGUCUGAGACCAUCAAUCCGCGCAUCUCAUCAUGUGACUUGAGCGCGUUACCACGGACACGUAGCGCUUGUGGCUUCACGCUAUUCUCCGCGGCAUCCACACACGACUUGCCACACGCCCCACCGAGAGCAAGAACCACAUUAUAGCGACCAUGAGGAGAUUACCCCUUGUGACUCUACCCUCCCUAGCAACCGGACCAAUAUGGUUGCUAAGGAGACUCACAUCAUGUAGAGGCUCAUGCUACUCUCCACGAUCCACACACAA